AUGUUUUCUCGCACAAUAACGCCAAGAGUUAUCUCAAGGAGAGUAAUCCGUUUAUAUUCUCAACUCCCAUUACGUGUACCAGUCACAUUACCUAACGGCCUUAAGUAUGAACAACCAACAGGUUUAUUCAUCAAUGGUGAUUUCGUUCCCUCGAAACAGAAUAAGAUUUUCGAAGUCAUAAAUCCAUCCACUGAAGAAGUCAUCACUCCCGUAUAUGAAGCUAUGGAAGAUGAUGUAGACAUCGCUGUUGCCGCUGCUAAGAAGGCAUUCAAAUCAUGGUCUAUUGCUGAUCCAGAAGUUCGUGCUUCUGCAUUAUUUAAAUUAGCUAACUUGGUGGAAAAAAAUGCAGAACUUUUAGCAUCCAUUGAAACAGCAGACAAUGGUAAAUCAUUACUUUGUUCCAGAGGUGAUGUGGCCCUAGUAUCCAAAUAUUUACGUUCGUGCGGUGGUUGGGCUGAUAAGAUCAAUGGGAAUGUCAUAAACACCGGUGAUAACCAUUUCGCAUACACUACAAGAGAGCCAUUAGGUGUUUGUGGUCAAAUUAUCCCCUGGAAUUUCCCACUAUUGAUGUGGUCUUGGAAGAUUGGACCUGCAUUAGCUACGGGGAAUACCGUGGUUUUGAAACCUGCUGAGACAACACCAUUAUCUGCUCUUUUCGCUUCUCAGCUGUGUAUUGAAGCAGGAAUUCCAAAGGGUGUAGUUAACAUUAUCCCUGGUUCAGGUAGAGUCGUUGGUGAGAAGUUAUGUAAGCACCCUGAUGUGAAGAAGAUUGCAUUUACCGGGUCCACAAAGACUGGAUCUCAUAUUAUGAAAACUGCAGCUGAUACUGUGAAGAAAGUUACUUUGGAAUUGGGUGGGAAAUCCCCAAAUAUCGUCUUUGCAGAUGCUGAUUUAGAUAAGGCAAUUGAAAAUAUUGCAUUUGGGAUUUUCUAUAAUUCAGGUGAAGUUUGUUGUGCAGGUUCAAGAAUUUAUGUUCAAGACACAGUUUAUGAUACCGUGUUGAAUAAAUUUAAAAAGUACACUGAAAAUUUGAAAGUGGGAGAUCCAUUUGAUGAAUCUACAUUUCAAGGUGCACAAACUUCAAAGGCUCAAUUGACUAAGAUUCUAAAAUACGUUAAAGUUGGAACUGAUGAAGGUGCACGUGUGGUUACUGGUGGUGAAAGAUUCGGUAAUAAAGGUUAUUUCGUUAAACCAACAAUUUUUGCAGAUGUCAAGGAAGAUAUGCAGAUUGUUAAGGAGGAAGUUUUUGGUCCACUUGUCACAAUCUCUAAAUUCUCCACGGUAGAUGAAGUCAUUGAUAUGGCAAACGAUUCUCAAUAUGGUCUAGCAGCAGGUAUCCACACCAAGGAUGUUAAUAAAGCCAUCCACGUAUCUAAGAGAAUUCAAGCAGGUACUGUCUGGAUUAACACAUAUAAUGCCUUCCAUCAAAAUGUUCCAUUUGGUGGAUUUGGUCAAAGUGGUAUUGGUCGUGAGAUGGGUGCUGCAGCCCUAGACAACUACACUCAAGUGAAAUCAGUUAGAAUGGCUAUUGAAAAGCCAGAAUAUUAA